AUGGACAACAUCGGCGAGGAAUAUGACCGGCUCGUUGAACAUCUUCACGACUGCGCGAAGAAGGCUGAGAGUUUUAAAACCACCAAGAGACGUCUGUCUCUUGAAACUCUUGAGCUGAUACGCCAGCGUGGAGCAGCACGAGCCGCAAGGAACCAAGAACUCACAUCCGAGCUCGCAAGGCUUUGCAGAGAGGCGAUAAAAGAAGACCUUAAAGAGGAAGAGCAGAAAUGCUGGUUGAAGCUGCAGAGGCGGGUAAAAGCAUCCGCUAUACCCGUCGAGACUUCGCCAGUUGCAAGAUGA